AUGAACCACUUCCCGCAAGCUUGGGGUCGACCCCGAGAUGAUGUCUACGGACCCUACAACUCCUCCUAUCUCCAGACCUCCGCACCCAAUACACACACGCAACAACCCAUCGUAACAGGCACCUCCGUCCUCGCCGUAAAAUUCAAAGACGGCAUAGUAAUAGCAGCCGAUAAUCUAGCCUCCUACGGUUCCCUCGCCCGCUUUACUCCUGUCUCCCGCCUCCGCCCCUUCAACCCCCGUGCCAUAAUAGGCUUCGGCGGCGACGUCUCCGACAUGCAAUACCUAGACCGUCUCCUCAACUCCCUCGACGUUGACGAAAACUACUCGUCCACGGGCCACAGCCUACAUGCGGCAAACCUGCACACCUACCUCUCCAAAGUGAUGUACAAGCGACGCUCGGAUAUAAACCCGCUGUGGAACAGCAUGCUAGUCGCCGGGCUGGACGGUGAGGACAAGCCAUUCCUCGCGAGUGUGGAUCUCUUGGGGACGACGUUCGAGGCGCCGACGCUGGCGACGGGGUUCGGGGCGCAUCUUGCGCAGCCGCUUUUGAGGCGGUUGGCGGAGGAGGAGAGUCAGGUGCCGGGGAUUACGAGGGAGAUGGCGGUGGAGGCGGUGAAGGAAUGUAUGAAGGUGUUGUUUUAUAGGGAUGCGAGGAGUAUGGAUCGGUAUAGCAUUGCGGUUGUGACGAAGGAAGGGGGUGUGGAGUUGAAGGAGGACGAGGUGCUGGAGGGGCAGAGUUGGGCGUUUGCAGAGGAGAUUAGGGGGUAUGGUACUCAGGUUGCUUAA